AUGUCCGUCUCUCGCCCCAACGUUUCCAACGACCUGAUCUGGCAGAUCACCCGUAACCAGAAUGCCUAUCUGGUUCGCCGUAACACCGGUGGUGGCUCCCAGUUCUCCCGCGACCCCCUGAACCUGGUCAACAAGCACUCCUUCAAGUACUCUGGUUUCGCCAACAACAAGGCCAUUGGUGUCCAGUCCGACGACAACGGCAACGUUGUUGUUAUCACCAAGAAGCCCAACCCCCAGCAGCCCGCUAAGAACCAGGUCGUCACCACCUACGGCCCCAGCACCUCUACCCGCAAGGUCUACAAGGGUGUUGCCAGCAAGACUGCCCAGCACGGUUACCGCGCUGACGUCCGCGAGGAGGCUGUCGCCCGUGUGAGCGCUCUCCGCCGCGCCGCUCUCCCCAAGAAGGAGACCCCGCCUCCAAGCCCCGUGGUGCCAAGGCCCGCCAGGCUGAGAAGUCCGAGUAAAUUACUCCGUCCUCUUUUUCAAAGUCCAUUUCAUUAA